AUGCCGCCAAAACAAGCGCCUAGCAAAAAGGCUGAAACUAAGCGAAAGGAGAAGGUGAUCGAGGACAAAACGUUCGGAUUGAAGAACAAAAAGGGAAAUAAGAACCAGAAAUUUGUGGCGCAAAUCGAGAAUCAAGUCCGCAAUAAUAACACUCGUAUGGACUUGGUUCGACAGCAAGAAGCCGCGAAAAAAAAGGAAAAAGACGAGCUUUUGGAUAUUGCCAAUCUUUUGAAGCCGGUGGAGCAGAAAGUCGCGAAAGAUGUCGACCCGAAAUCCCUUCUCUGCGUAUUUUUCAAGCAAGGACUCUGCGGAAAAGGAGCAAAGUGCAAGUUCAGUCACGACUUGGCUGUGGCGCAGAAGACGGCGAAGAAGAACUUGUAUGCUGAUAGUAGAGAGGUUGAGAAGGAUGAGACCAACGAGAACUGGGACCAAGACAAGUUGGCUGAGGUUGUAAGCAAGAAGAACAAAGGAGGACAUGUCAUUGAUAUUGUCUGCAAAUACUUCUUGGAAGCUGUUGAAAACAAUAAAUACGGAUGGUUCUGGGAGUGUCCUAACGGUGGUGACAAGUGCCAGUAUCGUCAUUGUCUACCGGAGGGAUACGUGCUGAAAAAGGAUAGAAAGGCGAUGGAAGCGCAGAAGGAAGAUGAAAUUAGUAUUGAGGAGUUGGUUGAGAAAGAGAGAGCCGCGUUGAGUUCAAAGGAUUUGACGAAAUUAACACUUCAAACAUUCGUUGCGUGGAAGAAGAAGAAGUUAAGAGAACGAAAAGAGAAGGAAGAGGCAGAUUUGAAGGCGAAAAGAGACAAAAUCAAGUCUGGAAAGCAUAACGGUAUGUCCGGACGUGAUUUGUUCUUGUUCGACGCGAAUCUCAUCAAUAAUGACGACGACGAGGCUGGAGAUAUUGAGAUGGAGAAGGAGGAAGUUGAUGAAAACGAGAAAGUGUUCGAAAUCGACGCGAACUUCUUCAAAUUCGAUGGAAUGGACGAUGAGUUGACGAAUCAAAUGAGCAAUUCAUCGGCUGCUGUUACGUCGACUGCUGGAGCGAUGGCAAAGAUGGACAUCAACGAGGACUUGUUCGAUAUUGACGAAGACGUUGGAGAACUCGAUUCUGAUGAGGAUUAG